AUGUGUCAGUCUGAAGUCUCACAGGCUCCUAAACAGACCGUGGGGGAAAGUCGGCGGUCAUCCCGUUUAUAUCCUCGCCAGCCUCGUCACUAUGACAUUGUCUGGCGCGCCUGCACUCCAACAGUCCGCCGGCCACACCAAAUCAGCUGGCAACUCCCACCCAAGACGGAGGCUGUGUUGGCCAGCCGGCAGACCGUGUGGACGGUCAGCAUAGGCCGAGUGAUGCAGUCGGACGGAUUUUUGCGCCACAGAAACAUUCACAUGAGCAGCCACAAUCUGGGCGGACAGUUUAGGCGUGCCGCAUACCCGGCACAGUCGGCCCACCCACGGGCGCGGCUAUCACCGAGACUACGCGUUUGGUUGCUACCGGCCUGCUCACUCUCUGGCCCCCGUCGGCAUCGUCUCGGAUGCCGACUCCCUUCCACGCUCUUCGUCUCUUCAACGCAGAUGCCCGCCACGUAUCGAGCCUCAGUUACGGCGCCCAAGUGGGCGUCAUGA